AUGAAAACCCUAGAAUAUGAAUAUGAUGAGCAAUCGACGGCAGCAGAUAAUCGAUCAACCAAGAAAGCAACGACUUCAUUUCCAGGUGAGAUCAUCGAAGAGAUCCUCUCCAGACUCCCCGCUAAAUCCAUCCUCCGAUUCCGAUCAGUCUCCAAACCAUGGCUCUCGCUCAUCUCCACUCCAUCAUUCACCAAACUGCACUUCACUCGCGCCACCGCUGCCCACCGCACAGCCUUAUUCAUCUCCGCUUACAAUUUUUCCACUGGCAAACGACACUUUCUCUCAGCCCCACAUGACGGUGGACCCGUUACUCAUCUCAUGACACUCGACCACCCUUGUUUUGCUAGUAUAGCAGCCCAACAUUUGAACGGGUUAGUAUGCUUUACUUACCAUACUUGGUCUUCCCACGCUCAUGCUUUCCUUGUUAACCCAAGCACGCAUAAGAGUUUUAAACUCCCAUCUCCGGGUUCUUCUAUGUUUUAUUUAUUUGGGUUCGAUGAGUCUAGAAACGAACAUAAGAUUUUAUCCAUCAGGAAACUUUUUAAACCUCUUGCUAUUGAGAUUAUGAUUUUGUCUAUGACAAAUUAUUCAUGGCGAAAGAUCGAUACAGAACCUCCUGCUUUUAGUUGGGAUGGUUAUCACACCAAGGAUGGUGUUUGUGUCAAUAGUGUAGUAUAUCUAAUGCUGGAAUCGUAUGAUAUUUUGGCGUUUGACUUUAGAACCGAAAAAUUUUCUUUAAUUAACACUCCUCAAGAUGUUUUGGCCCGUGCUGAUGCGGUGAAAAAUAAUCCUUACAUCAUAAAAAUCAAUGGCUGUCUAGGAGUUUGUUGUCAUGAUUUUGUGGAUGAUAUCAACGAAAUGUAUAUCUGGAUAUUACAAAACUAUGAAAAUCGUAUUUGGAUCAAAGAAACCAUUACAUUCCCCGAGCCUUGGAGAGGGUCAGGUUUCGAUUUCUCUAUGGAUUCUAUUAAUACGGACGAGAUUAUCAUUUCCUCAAGCAAGUUUUCCAAAAAUGUGAUGACUAUACCUGUCUAUAACAGGAAGAGUAGAUGUUUUAGAUCAUUACAUUUCACUCCCGGCCAUCAAUUUCCGUUGUCAAGAACAUUGAUGUUUGAUAAGAUCGGGUGUUAUGUUGAAAGCAUGCUUCCUUUGUAG